AUGACUAUGUCGAUGAACGAAUGGCGAUGUUCUGGAGUCACAUGCAUGCUACUCCUACCUCAACUCGUGAAGAUUUGGCUACCGGAUUAUAGUGAAACUGAUCGGAGUCCUCUGAGCGAGCAGGCUCCAAGGUUGGGAGUCCCACCAUUGAUAUCUUUCCUGGAGGGCUUGUCCGAUGUUCUCACAACCAAUGAAGUCAGGGGUAAAAGAUUCCCAUGUGGUCAUGUCGUCAGCGUGCGUUCGAUACUCUCGUGUUGUAACUUUUUUGGGGACGCAAUUUGGACACCGGGGCCACAUUUCUUGGGCUGCGCGUGGCCGGGUUGCGACGAUACUCUGGAAUUUCCGAAAAUCCCAGAUCCGCGAGUCCUAGACGGCCUCCAGACGCGAUUGGAUCUGAUCCAGUGGUCUUGGAACAAAGACACCCCGACAGAGGUCGAUAUGAAUACGGUGAGCCUACUUCGAGAUAUACUAUCCAGAAUAGGACACUUGAGUCAAGAUCCAGAACCAGAGAUGGACGCCAACCUAUCGCGGAGUGAUCCGAGCGAGCCCUCGCUAACGCGAACACUCGUCCACAUGGAAUUAGAGGCCUAUGGCUUGAUGAUCCAAAAUCGGGAAAAGAGCACAGAAAUUGACUUACGGGGUAGUCAAGAUUAUUGCCGUUAUCGAGCUGCUGUAGUGCCUACGGCGGGGCACUCUCUACUCCGGUACCCUAUGUCGUCGCCAGGACAGUCCUGUGUGUGCGACACGCCUCACGAGUACGAACGAGAGGCCAGCAGCUGGGCUCGCACACCCGCGGAGACGGGAUCGGAUCUCAACGAGCCCAGGGACAGAAAGCUCAAGCAGCUUAAAACGGUACGCUUCGUUGCUCCAAUUGUCACCGAGGUGCAGUAUUUUGAGCCGUGGUGGUGCGACGAGUAUCGAGACAGCGGCAGGUAUUGGUCGACAGGUCCGCACAGGAAGUCGAUCGAUUAUUCCACUCCCGGCGACGAUGACUGGGAGGUUGAGAGACUGGAGCAUCCUGACGGCUUGGCGGCUCAGAUAUCAAGUGAACUGGAACACGAGGAAAGCGCCUGCGGUACGAGUGUCGACGACGACGGGGUCCUGGACGACGGUAUCUUGGAUGAGAUGGAGGGGGCAAACGAAUCAUGGGACGACGAGACCCUGGAUGGGUUGGAGAGGGCAAACGAAUCAUGGGAGGACGACACCCUGGGCGACUUGGAGAAGCUUCACGAAUCGUGGGAAGAUCGAUUCUGA